UGACUGGUUCCGAGCAGCUGCUUCGCAAACAAUGCUAAAUGCUAUUGCGUUGCAGGAAGGCUCAUUUACACAGCAGUGAGACAGAGCGCAGCGCACACAUACACAUUAGUUACUGCGUUAAAUCUCUCACCGUCAUUACAGCUCUCUCUCUCUCUCACUGGCCUGACACACCAAUGUUUGUUUCUCUUUUACUUCUGUUUUUUUUUAUAAAUAUUUACAAAUACACCGGAGUCUGGCUUGAGAGAGAGGUGGGAGGUGGUGGUAGGGGGUUGGUGGUGUGAGCGGACGAUGAAGGGCUCUGAGGCUGAUGGACCACACGCGGUGUGGUUGCUACAGCUGGCUUUUCUGUGCCAGGCGACGGCCAGAGUAGAGUUGGCGAUAUCCACAGCCAUUGUCAAUGUCACCAGUUUCUCAGCGGUCGCCAACCGCACGCUCACCACCAGCGUGGAUGGCAUCUACGGUGCCAACUCGCCGGUCAAAGGGGCCAGAGGUGUGGUGGGCGUCCCCGACUCGCACGACGCUCUGGCCUGCGAUGACCACGUCGAUUUCAGCGCCACCGAGAGCCCCUGGAUAGCGCUCGUGGAGAGGGGCAAUUGCACCUUCGCGAAGAAGAUCGAGAAUGGGUUUAGACGGGGGGCGGCAGCUGUCGUGAUCUUCAAUGGAGCGGGAAAGGGUAACAGGACCGACCCCUUCAUCCACCACGGUACGGGCAAUAUGGUCGCAGUCAUGAUUGGCAACAUCAAGGGCAGCGAGAUUUUGGCGCUGGUGAAGGAAGGUAUUGCUGUUUCCAUGGUGAUUGAAGUCGGGAAGCAGCACGGACCGUGGAUGAGCCAAUACUCCAUCUUCUUUGUCUCUGUUUCCUUUUUUGUUGUCACUGCUGCCACAGUUGGAUAUUUCAUCUUCUACUCUGCAAGAAGAUUACGGCUUGCAAGGGCUCAAUCUCGAAAACAGAAGCAACUAAAAAAUGAAGCCAAGAAAGCGAUUAACCAGCUGGACCUACGCAUCUUAAAGCAUGGAGACCCGGAGACUGGUCCAGAUGCCGACAGUUGUGCAGUGUGCAUUGAAGCUUACAAGCCCAAUGAUGUUGUUCGUAUCUUGACUUGCAACCACAUAUUCCACAAGCACUGUAUUGAUCCGUGGCUUUUGGAGCAUAGAACCUGUCCCAUGUGUAAAUGUGACAUCCUGAAAGCUCUUGGAAUUGAGGUUGACAUAGAAAAGGCUGAAGAGACACCAGCACCUGAGCAAUCGUCCAGCAAUCCUCAAAGGACCGGGCAGGACAGACAUACCGAGGUUCCCGAGAGUGCCAUUUAUACUGUACCAGCUGCUUUUGUGGCUGAGCAUCGAUUGGAUGAAUCUCCUGUAACUGAGGAUAAUCACUAUUUCAGUGAAGAGCAGCAUCUGGUCAAUAAUGAUGCGCGAGUGAAUUCUCUGUCUGUAUAUGUUCUGCCACAGGACAACCCAGUGUAUGAAGAGAUUGAUCUACAAGAUGAAGUAAAGUCGUGAAUCAUCCCAAAGAAGUUAAACCUUGAAAAAUAAAGCCAACUAUCGACUGAUAUGCAGGGAGCGUCUCUUAAAUGAACUGCUUUCUUCAAACAGACUUUGGAGUGGCCCACAGUCUACACUUUUUUCUGCAUUUUUAAAUGCCAAUGUUAUAAAGAGACAAAUGAUUUUUAAGUAGUAUAAGAAUAACAGGCAGCUCGUGAUUAGUCCUUGUGCUGAAAUUCUUAGCACUUCAUGCAAUAACUGCAGUUAAUUUAACUGAUAUCUGGUGACCACAAGGCUGCAGUAAAGACCAAGACUGUUGAACAUUAUUUUUAACAUACAAAACUAAGACAGUAACAGUUUACUCUAACCUCUGGUUUUCUGUGUAGAGGUGGGGGGGAGAAGAGAGCUUGAGGUCGGGAAAGAGAAGCCUGGGGACUUCCUAUUCAGACUCCACCAGGGAAAAUAAAUCUUACAGAAUAAAGGCAGGGUUUUUCUUUACAGCAAGACACAACAUGCCAAUAAGUCAUCAGUAACCAAGGACGCAGCAAUAUGUCCUACAGCCCCGAUGUGAUUCUUGACAAUAAUUUCAUAGUUGAAAACCCCAUUUUGAAAGUCUACGACUUAAACCAAUCUAAAGUGGAAUCCAUUCGUUCUGUGCCUUUAGUGCAUUUCCAGCACUCUGCUGACUGCACCAAAUUGCACUACACAUUGAUGAAAAUGCAAGCAAAAUGUUAAUUAUCACUGUAUUAAUAUAAGUCUACAAUAGCGUGAACAAAACCUGUGCUGUUUGUUUGUGGUGUCACUCCUGGUUAAUUGCAUCCCUGUUGUGAAAAGGAUUUUUGAUUUAUCAUCUACAUGAUGUAAAAGGCAGUGCAAUUGGUACAUUUCCUGCACGAUUGGUGAUGCAUUGACCAGUGUUCUGCUCAACUGAAAGGAAUAGCUAUUUUUACAUUUUUUUUUUAAAGUUUGUUUUUGAUUCUGAAACAAUGGAAUGGUUGACUUUUAAAGCCAGACUGUUCAUCUGUUUUCAGAAUCCUAAAACAAGCUGAUAAUCUGUUUGACCCCUGCAUUAGUUGCCUUUAAUCAAACCUCGUGGUUGAAGAUUUUUCUCUGAAUACAAAUCAUAAGCAGAAUUGGCUUCCUUUAUACAAAUUAAUGUUUCUUUUUAUUUGAAAGCAAUUCUCUUAACUCAAUAAAAUAAAUCUAUUUUGGAGAUAAA